UCAGAGUUCAGAGACUUCAGAUGCAAUUUUCAGUAGUAACAACAACUGUGUGAAUCCUGAGUGUGUAAAAGUGUGUGUAAUGGAUCCUCUGAAAACAUUCAACUACAAUUCAUCGUUUCUUGAUCCAACCCCUCUUCAUUACAGAUCUUCUUCCCCAAACAUCAUCAUCACCAAUAAUAAUAAUAAUAUUAAUAUUAUUCCGACCACCACCUUCGAAGAUAUCUCCUUCUCCUCCUACCUCAAACCCUGUAAUAAAAACCCAAACCCGAACCCGCAGAAAAAACCCCAUGAAAAUUCCGCCAUUGUUGACGAUACAGAGAUAAGCAUCUUUGAUGCUCAGAAGUAUUUCAGCGAAAACAACGAAACCAAGUACAGUAAGGGUGGUGCGGUGCAGGUUCAGCCGUCGCCGGAUAAUAUUUUGUCGGCGGCGACUAGGGUUUCGUCGGUUUCUUCUACAGAUGGCGGCGGCUAUGGCAGAAAUUUCAGGACGAGGUCUUUCAAUGCUACGCCGACGGCUUCGUCGGAGGCGAGCUGGAAUAGUCAGACGGGGCUUCUGGCGAAUCCGCCGGGAUCGGCCGGAGUUUCGUUGGGGAACUUUCCUAAUUCCGAUCGUAAGAAGAGAAGCUCCGCUAAGAAAUGGUUUUCCGGUAGGAAAUGCUGCUGCACCGGUAUGAAGUCUGUUCAGGUUAAGGAGGCGGCAUCCGACUCGUCGGAGCACGGCGAUAGUAGCAACAAUGGCGGUAAGGCGAAACGGGAUCAUCCCCACAAGGCGGCGGCGGCGUCGACGAGGAGUAUUACUAGUUCGAUCACGGCCGACAUCAUGGAAAUCGGCCACCACCAGAAGAUGGGGUCGCCGGAGGAUGAUUUUCCGGCGUCGGAGGCGCCGCGGCAGCGGCGGAUAUCCGCCACGGGACGGCCGUUUGUCGACGGGUUUUCGUUCCCGAUACUGAAUAAUAAUAAUAAUAAUAAUAAUACGGCGUGUUCAGGUGCGCAGGUUAUUAAUAAUAACAAGAAAGGGAUGAUGAGUGCAAAAGUAGUUAGCCCUAUGGAAGAUCCGCCGCGUGAUUCGUUGGAAGUUUACCAGCCGGUUCCGGCGGGGAGCCGGGCGGCGCAUUUCAACCCCGGGAGUCCGAUUGCGGCGCGCGUGGCGGCGAGUAUGGACGACGAUAUGGAGAGCGACGCGAGUUCCGACCUUUUCGAGAUCGAAAGCUUCUCGACGCAAACGACGUCGUACCCGAUGUACCGCCGGAGGGAUUCGCUCGACGAAGCCCCGACUUUCAACGCUAGGAGAUUCGGCAACAACAACAACAACAACAACAACAACAGCAGCAUUCAGUACGGGAGGAGGAGUUUGGAUGAGCCGCCGACGCCGAGCGUGGCGGCGACUGAGUGCUACGCGCCGAGCGAGGUCAGCAUCGACUGGAGCGUGACCACCGCCGAGGGCUACGACAGGGCGAGCGUCUCCAACUUCUCGAUCUCCGCGUCGGAGAUGGGGAGCGCGGCGUUCCUCCGGCAGCGGCUGCAGCACCAGGCCCAGGAGGAAGUAUCCACCAGCGGAGACAACGGGAAGAUGAGGAAGGGGAACGGAGGAGGACUACUGAUGAUGAGCUGCCGGCAGGAGAAGGCGGUGAACGUUGGACCGCAGCCGAUGAAAUGGGUACCGGCGGCGGCGGCGGCGGAGGGAACACAGAUAUUCCCGCUGCAUGUGGGUGGUAGGCCACCACGGGCAAACAAACCGCCGAUGGGGAGCGAUCAUUCCGCGCGGUUGUCCCUUGCUUUCGCGGCAUAACAACUUGUCAUGUUUUUCAAUUUUUCUUUUUUUUUUUAAAUUAAAAUAAUGAAAUUUGGAAUGAAGUGUUAUUCGGUGAUCAUGGGUGGUUUCCUCCAAAUUGGCACCACCUGUCUAGUCUCUGUUCAUGCAUACUAGUUUUUUUUUUUUUUUUUUUUUUUUUUUUCUUGGAUAUAUUUUUGUGUUUUUUAAGUUAUUUAAAUCAUAGUACAUUAUUUGAUGGGUAAUUUUGUUGUGUGAUAAUUGCAUUUUCCAAGAUUGUGUUUGUACGUUUGUGUUUAAAUUUUUAUGGGCACAAGUUUUCUCAAUAAAGACAGUUCUCUAUU